UUGCUGGAGGCAAGCGGUCGGAGCAAUUGUUAGACGCGUCACCCCGGGCAACCGGGGAGUGUGUGUACGCGUGUGCACGUGGCUGCGGGAGGCUCUGCUGACGCAGCCGGCACACCACCCUGUCCAGGGCCAUCCCAUCCCAGUCUCACCCGACCUACCUCUAUAGUUGGGGUGGGGGUAGGGGUCGACUGCUUUUUCUGGAGAUACUUUGGAGUGCAAGGAGAUAGGAUUUGGAGGAAGCGCCGCGCUCCCAGUGGAGCCUCCACGCUCAGACGUAGUCUACCUGUGGGGACAAGCGACCGGGAACCUCUUCUUCCCCGCCCCGCUCACCAUGUGAGAUUUCUUUAGUCUGUUGCAGGAAGGAAAUGCUUCAAGGUUUGCUUAUCCAUAAACCGGAAGAGCCUAUAGACUUCUUGAUCAAACAAUUAAAUCAAGACAACUAUGAUGUUCCAAAGAUCUGUAUACUUGGACCUCCUGCUUCUGGGAAAACGACUAUUGCAAUGUGGCUUUGUAAACAACUGGGAACCGCACGGAUUUCUCCGGAGACUCUGUUAAACAGUACGUGGUCAGACCUCAGAUACAAAGCAGAGGAGUAUCAAGACACAAACCAGAACAUCCCUGGCACUCUGUGGGCUGAACUGAUUGGGGAACGUUUGCAGAUCGAAGACUGUAUUCACAGCGGCUGGAUUAUGGAGGGGAUCCCCCAAAGUCGAGAACUUGCACGGGAGCUACAGGGAAUGGGCAUCAUUCCCAAGCACGUUGUGGUGCUUUUCGCUCCAGAUGUUGUGCUGAUUGAGAGGAAUCUUGGGAAAAGAGUGGAUAUUUGUACUGGAGAAGUGUACCAUACAACUUUUGAUUGGCCAACUGAGAACUACAUACGGCAGCGCCUGAUGGUGCCGCAUGGCAUAUCUGAAGUGGAGACUGCAAGGCGGUUAUUGAAAUACCAUCAAGACUACCCUGGGAUUCGUCAGUCCUUUGGGUAUUGCAUGAAGUUGAUCAACGCUGACCAGCCAUGCGCAGAUGUUUUUGCACAGGUUUUCACCCAUGUCCAAGCUCCGCCUCGAACGCUCGACCCAUUUUCACCCCGGAUUCUCCUUUGUGGACCUCCAGGCUCUGGGAAAAGCAUGCAAGCAAUGUUACUGUCUCAGAAAUAUGGCAUCAUCAAUGUUUGCUGCGGGCAAUUGCUAAAGGAAGCUGUAGCCGACGAGACAAAACUUGGAGAACUCAUUAAGCCGUAUUUUGACAGUGGUUGGCCAGUUGCAGACAACAUUGUUGUAAAGAUGCUGUCAGAGCGUUUGAACAUGCUGGACUGCCACACCCGAGGCUGGGUGCUCCAUGGAUUCCCUAGGGAUGAGGACCAGGCAAACCUGAUGCAGCGUGCAAAUAUUAAUCCAAACAGGGUGUUUUUCCUGCACAUCACACCUGAGUCCAUUCUGGAGCGCCUGUGUUACCGUAUGCUUGACCCAGUCACUGGAGAAAGGUACCACACACUGUACCAACCGUCAGCCUCCAAGGAAGCCAGUGACCGCCUCCUGAUACAUCCGAGGGACUUGGAGGAGGCUGUGAAACUCAAAGUGGACGCUUACUUGAGGAUCGCCGAAGGCUUGGAGACUUGUUUCGAAGAUGCCAUUUUCAUCAACGGCGACCAAGACCCACAGACAGUAUUUGAGUACAUCGAAAGCUACAUUGUCAAUCCCCGCCCCACCACCGUAGGCUUGCCACAAGAAAUGGUGUGAAGUGUCUUCUUGAAAAUGAUUAGGCAAGUGCUUGGCUUGGCUUUGUUUUACUUUUUUCCCCUUUACUUUUUUAAAAUAAUUUUUUUAAAAAAAUUCAAAUUUUGCAAACAACAAUUAAAAACAAAAACAAAAACCGUACACAUAUCGCAUUGGACUCCCCCCCCUCUUUUGUGGAUCCAUAUAUAUACAACUGUCAUCAUCCCAACCAUUGCCCUGCUUGGCUGAGGCUGAUAAGAGUCGGGAGUCCCACUUUGAUCCAAGAAGAAGCAUCGUCUCUCACAUGAUGGAAUGCCUCUUCUAAAUAGAGACAUUCUUCCACUCUCUGCAUGCACUAGGGAAUGCCGCUCCUUAGAUCAGAAAUGGGGGACUUGUGACCCUCCAGAUGUUGUUGAAGUUGGGCGUCUAACAUCUGGAAGGCUGCAGGUUCCUCAACCCUGGCCUAAAACAAGUGGACUAGAAAUCCCCACCUCCCCUGUAAAUUUGAUGUUUUGUUUUCCCAAGAUAAAUUAAAGGGGUGGUAACAUUCUUGAUUAUCAACCAAACAGGAUUUUUCUUUUCUUUUUGGAUUUUUGUGUCCUGCUAAUUCCCAUGUGGUUCAGUGACAGAAGAAAAACCUUCCCCCCCCCAACCCCAUCCUGUCCUUUCCUAUAUGGAUGAUUGUUCAAGGCAAGCUGUAAAUCUGAUUCCUCCCAAAUUUUGCCUGGUGUGUUCUUGGGUCAGAAGAUGUAGGACAGACUAUUAAAAGCUUUCU